AUGGCAAAAGGAGUCCAACCGGAGAGGGAAGAAGGGUGGGCGCCUUGGUGUAGUCGUAGGUCACUGAAAGGUGACCAUGGCAAUGCCAACAGGCUAGGGAUCCUCCAGGGCGGCACCAGCAAUACAGGGAGGAAGGGAGGUACCAGCAGUGCAGGAAGCCAGGGAGGAGUCGGUAGCUCAGGUAGCCAGGGAGGUGCUGGCAGUGUAAGAAGCCAGGGAAGAACUGGUAGCUCAGCUAGCCAGGGAGUCACUGUCAGUGCAGUGAGCCAGGGUGGUGCCGGUGCGGGCUUGCGAAAUUCUCUCAGUGGAGAAGGCUCUGAGAUUUCACUCUAUGGAGUGGGCUCAGGAGCGGAGUCUGGAGCAGACUUUGGUGUGGAGGUCCUGAUGGAGAAGUUGGACACAGGCUCAGGGUUUGCUGGGGUGCCCAGAAGUUUUUGGGAUGGGACUGGACAACAACAGGGAAUGUCCAGUAAUUAA